AUGUCUUCAGUCAGUAACUCGACUCAAAGACAGAUCAUCAAAUUGCUUGGGUCAGGAAAGCUCGAGCUCGAACGAGGAUCGACACACUCACUUGCUGCGAAGGGCGGGCGACGACUUGGAUCAGCAUGGCUCGAGCUCGAACGAGGAUCGACACACUCACUUGCUGCGAAGGGCGGGCGACGACUUGGAUCAGCAUGGCUCGAGCUCGAACGAGGAUCGACACACUCACGUCCUGCGAACGGCGGGCGACGACUUGGAUCAGCAUGGCUCGAGCUCGAACGAGGAUCGACACACUCACGUCCUGCGAACGGCGGGCGACGACUUGGAUCAGCAUGGCUCGAGCUCGAACGAGGAUCGACACACUCACAAGCUGCGAACGGCGGGCGACGACUUGGAUCAGCAUGGCUCGAGCUCGAACGAGGAUCGACACACUCACAAGCUGCGAAGGGCGGGCGACGACUUGGAUCAGCAUGGCUCGAGCUCGAACGAGGAUCGACACACUCACUUGCUGCGAAGGGCGGGCGACGACUUGGAUCAGCAUGGCUCGAGCUCGAACGAGGAUCGACACACUCACAAGCUGCGAACGGCGGGCGACGACUUGGAUCAGCAUGGCUCGAGCUCGAACGAGAAUCGACACACUCACUUGCUGCGAAGGGCGGGCGACGACUUGGAUCAGCAUGGCUCGAGCUCGAACGAGGAUCGACACACUCACUUGCUGCGAAGGGCGGGCGACGACUUGGAUCAGCAUGGCUCGAGCUCGAACGAGGAUCGACACACUCACAAGCUGCGAACGGCGGGCGACGACUUGGAUCAGCAUGGCUCGAGCUCGAACGAGAAUCGACACACUCACUUGCUGCGAAGGGCGGGCGACGACUUGGAUCAGCAUGGCUCGAGCUCGAACGAGGAUCGACACACUCACUUCCUGCGAACGGCGGGCGACGACUUGGAUCAGCAUGGCUCGAGCUCGAACGAGGAUCGACACACUCACUUGCUGCGAAGGGCGGGCGACGACUUGGAUCAGCAUGGCUCGAGCUCGAACGAGGAUCGACACACUCACUGGCUGCGAACGGCGGGCGACGACUUGGAUCAGCAUGGCUCGAGCUCGAACGAGGAUCGACACACUCACUUGCUGCGAAGGGCGGGCGACGACUUGGAUCAGCACGGCUCGAGCUCGAACGAGGAUCGACACACUCACAUACUGCGAACGGCGGGCGACGACUUGGAUCAGCAUGGCUCGAGCUCGAACGAGGAUCGACACACUCACUUGCUGCGAAGGGCGGGCGACGACUUGGAUCAGCACGGCUCGAGCUCGAACGAGGAUCGACACACUCACUCCCUGCGAACGGCGGGCGACGACUUGGAUCAGCAUGGCUCGAGCUCGAACGAGGAUCGACACACUCACAAGCUGCGAACGGCGGGCGACGACUUGGAUCAGCACGGCUCGAGCUCGAACGAGGAUCGACACACUCACUUGCUGCGAAGGGCGGGCGACGACUUGGAUCAGCAUGGCUCGAGCUCAAACGAGGAUCGACACACUCACAAGCUGCGAACGGCGGGCGACGACUUGGAUCAGCAUGGCUCGAGCUCGAACGAGGAUCGACACACUCACUUGCUGCGAAGGGCGGGCGACGACUUGGAUCAGCAUGGCUCGAGCUCGAACGAGGAUCGACACACUCACUUGCUGCGAAGGGCGGGCGACGACUUGGAUCAGCAUGGCUCGAGCUCGAACGAGGAUCGACACACUCACAAGCUGCGAACGGCGGGCGACGACUUGGAUCAGCAUGGCUCGAGCUCGAACGAGGAUCGACACACUCACUUGCUGCGAAGGGCGGGCGACGACUUGGAUCAGCAUGGCUCGAGCUCGAACGAGGAUCGACACACUCACUUGCUGCGAAGGGCGGGCGACGACUUGGAUCAGCAUGGCUCGAGCUCGAACGAGGAUCGACACACUCACAACCUACAAGUAAACCCCAAACUUAA